UUGUUUAUACACUCCGUCCGGUGGAGGUCCGUGCUCCCACCCUCGCGAUGCAGUAAUGCAUUCGAAUUUCAGCGGGGCUACGCUCUGCCUCGGGGUUAGGUAACAGGAUUCGACACCCAUGGAUUAAUAAUUGAUUAAUAGUUUUGUAUCUAAUGGAAGUAUGUCUUGUUUCGUUUGUGAGCUUGUGUACAUCAGGAAAGGGAUAUAGAGCUAGGGAAAUAAUAAUAGGAUAUUAUCUAGUUCAAAUAAUUUUUUAAUGCGCGGUUUAAGUUAUUUAGUUUGUGCGGAGGAAAAUGCACUUUCUAACUGCAGUCUCGAAGAAACUCAACGUGAUAUCUGGGUUCGUUGGUGAAAUUCGAAUUCGGUGUGGACUGCACUCUUAUUUGAUGUCCGGGCCGUUCAGUGUAAUUCGGAUCGUGUGAUUGCGUUUCCAUUGUACGAGUGCCGAUCUCGACCGACUUCGUGUCAAACUCUCGAGAGUUUGAUCAGAUUUAUGACAGAUUUGAAAAACUAUUCUCGGUUUUGUCGUCGCGACUGACGAGGCAAAAUUACGAUGAAAAAAUUGAUCAAUUUUCGACAUAUCUCGAGUGAAGUUUUCGCGAUUUUUCGAUUCAGUUGGUGAAAUCUCUAGAGUCGUCACACCUUUGCUAUAGCUGCAAUAAUACCCGACCCAGGAAUGAUGUGCACCUGAUUCAAAUUCCUCGUCGUUAAAUUCAGUGCUGUCCGGGUCUGCAACCACAGAUACCUAACUUGGGCUAUAUCAACUGAUCUCGGAGAUUCUGUGAUAGCCUUGCUCCUUGCUUACUUUAAACGCCUUUUUUACUUUUAAUUCACUUGCUUACUUUAAUACUUUACUUUAAUGCAAGUCUCUAAAUGUGAUUCGAACCUCGCGACCUUAAUCGGAUACUCGCAUACCAUAAAUAUCUUUACGUGCAUGACCUGUUUCCACCUCCUCAAAUGACGUUGGCAACACUGUGACAGACAUUUUUCCAGAAGCAUACCCACGUAGAAUCUAUUCUGUAAGAGAAAAUGAUUCCAAAAUACAAAGGUCUAUGUCAGUAUUUGUUUCAAACACUAAAAAUAAUUUAAAAAAUAAGAGUUCACUAUCAAUAUUAAAUUAUUAACAUUCGUUUAAAGCCCUCAUUUCCGUGAAAAAUAGAUCCUAUAAAUCAUUUCGUAGCACCUGCACCAAGGAGCCGAUCCCUCUCGUAACGCACUCUACACAUGCCGAUUUUUUGAGCCAUGAUAAAAAAAGGAAAAUACAAUGAUUCAAAACACUCGUUAAACUGAACCGCAGAACAACUGCGUGUGCGGGGCCUUUUUGUGGAAUCUGUGAUAUGAAAGAACUUCUUCGUUGGUUCUGAAAGAAUCUAUGCAUUCGUGAUACAAUCGUUUCCUUUGCCCUGUGAUAUUUUGUGAUAAAGUUACUUCGAAUUGUUAUCACUUUGUUGUUCGUUAAAAUUCUACCAGUAAAGUGUGUUAUAUUUUGUCUGUCUCUUCUUCGAGCCCUCGCUACUAAACACUAGUGAGCGAAUCAAGGACUUGUGAAAAAUAGUGUUCAUUCGACAAUCAUUACAUCGAAAAAGCACAUUGCGUCGACUUCUACUCACUUUGGAUGUGAUUGGAAAUUAUAUCCUGCUUUGCAACAUACCUUUUUGAAAUUUAAUUACUUUUCGACGUGCACUCUAACUUGAGGCAAGAGUUCACUGACAUGACACGAUUAUUUAAUCACUUGCGAUUUAUGCACAUACGAUUCAGACCGACCUCAACUCCGAGUCGAGUCAUGCAAAUACCUAGGUACAUCAGAUCAUACCCUGAGAGGCUGAGACCAUUAUUCCAUCAAGAAAUCUCCGAAAUACAACUGUGAAUCCGUCAAUAUAUUUUAAAUCCAACUUUUACUUUUUCAACAUACCUCAAAUUAGCGUGUAAUGCCGUAAAAAUCAUCACCAGGCUGUGAUAUUUUCAAGAUCGUGAAGGAUCAUGUUUCAAAAAUUCAUUUGAAUUUAAGUGUCAAGGUGUUGCCGCACAAGAUUUUGAAGGAGAUUUUUGCGAACAGGUCAGACAAAAAAGCUCGUCGUUCAGUCGACGAGCGCUGAAAAUAUUCAAACGAUCAAGCACACCUCACCGCUGUUCUGAGUUUGCAGAAUCAUAAAUUUGCAGGCUUGCACACUCUUAAAGGUUUGAAAUGGCUAAAUUUGACAGCUCUGUUCAUUCAGAUGGGGUCGAAAAAUUUAACACCACCACGAACAAACUAUAGACGUUCAGACGAAUCUUCGUCGGUAAGCUAUCGGUGCAGCUCUUACAAUAAAUCAAUGCACCCCCAUAAAGCCGCUUUUAUUGGAUCGAUCGGAAUCGAUCCUCCCACAAACCAUCGGACAGAUUACACCGUCUGAUCUCCCUCUCCACUCGCUCCCGCCAACCUCUUACUGGACGUCCACUCCGCCUUCUUCCAGGAGGAACCCAAUCAAUUUGCGAUUUAAUUUCAAUAUCUCCGAUGCAUCGCGCUACCUAACCGCACCGCGAUGGCCCAAAUCAAGCUGUACCAAAUCCGUCUCUCCCGGCUCAAGUGCUUCGCCGUCAUGCUCGGCGUCAUCACGCUCCUCGUCCUCCUCCAGCUCUCGGCGCUCUGCAAGCUCGUCUGGUUCCGCGGGACGCUCUUCUGCUGGCUCCGCGGCGUCGACCCGCCGCCGCGUCGCGACGCCGGGCUCCGCCCACCCCGCCCCGCCAAGUUCCGCCCUGGCGCCUUCCUCCGGAACCGGACGGCCGACGACCACCCCCACUGCCGCUUCCGCUACGACCUCUCGUCUUCUACCACCCCCGAGCUGAACGUCUCGCUGAGCCCGGAGCUCGGGGACCGCUACCGCGUCGUCUACAACGUCAUCGAGAGCGACGCCGCGUGGGGUGACGGCGACCGCGUCACGCUCUGCUCGCACGUGACGCCCGAGUUCGCGGCGCAUGUGGCCGAGCUCGUCACGCGCUGGGAGGGCCCGCUCAGCAUCGCCGCCUUCGUGCCGGACCGUGACGCCGCGGACCUCGUGUGCGCCUUCCGGACGCUGUGCCGCUGUCUCGAGGAUAUGUCGAGGGUGAGUCUUCAUCUCGUCUUCCCCAAGGACGCCCCGCCCAAGUUCGCGCCCUGCGGCCGUCGCGACGGGUGCCUGCUCCGACGCCAAGGGCUCACUUUCAGGGCACGCAACAAGAUGACGUACCCCGUCAACGUGGCCAGGAACGCGGCCCGGUUCGGGGCCUUCACUCGAUUCAUACUGGUGAGCGACGUGGAGCUGUAUCCAAGCGGAGGCCUGGAGUCCGGCUUCGUGCGCUGGAUCACGAAGCUGGGGAGUUGGGAGCUGGGUCGCGUGGCUUUCGUCGUGCCGGUCUUCGAGGUGGAUGAGCGGUCCCCCGUGCCCGGCACCAAGAGCCGGCUCCUCGCCUUGCACCAGGAGGAGCGGGCCGUCUACUUCCACAAGUGGAUCUGCGCCCAUUGCCAGAAGUUCCCCGGCAUCGAGAAGUGGCUCAAACGACCUGACGCCGGCUACGGGGUCGUCCAGGCGCUUCUGAUCAGUAAGCGUGAGUAUCCGUUUCAUCGAUGGGAGCCAAUUUUCAUCGGGACCCACGCAGAUCCUCUGUACAGCGAAAGCCUAACUUGGGAAGGCAGACAAGAUAAAAUGACUCAGAUGCAUUUGAUGUGUCUUAUGAGCUAUCGGUUUGUCAUUCUGGAUGGUGCCUUCCUCACACAUUCGCCCGGUAUCAAGCGGAAGUUUGAGUCUGGCAUCGAACGAAGGCUGAAACUUCAGUACGAGCAUCAAAAUUACCUGCAGUACAACAGGAUCGUGAAAGAUGCCUCAAAAGAAUACGGCGUGAAUGAAAAAUGCCGAAUUCACUGAGCGCUCCUCUUUCAUUUCGACACAUCAUCGAGACAUCGCACGAGAAAAUGUAAUCGCUUUUCCCAAGGAGCAUUUUUCGUCGGAAAGAUCGCGAUAUUUUGAAAUUGAGUUGCAAUUGUUUCACGAUUUUUUGGCGGUAAAAUCACUAGGUAUCAAACCGAGUUUGAAUGUUGGAGCCAAACGCAACAGUGCGGCCAGCGCGAAACGCGUAGCGCCUACAAGACUGCACGGA